AUGGCACUUUCGAAGAUGAAACAGAAGCAACUCGACAGCCUCAAUGAGUUCAACUUCGACCCUCCACCAGCUACUUCUUCGAACACAAGCCUGAGACCAAACCUGUAUACAUAUCAAACAAGCCUCGCAGCUCCAGGGUCAGCUGGAUAUGCUUCAAACAACCCCAGCCCAUAUCUUCCUGCUGACAUGGUCGACCCGUUUGUAUCCGGUGACCUGUCACAGCUGUACCAACCUGCCUCAGAACUUGACACUGAAGGCGUGAAUAGUGUUACCAACGGCGCAGUGGGAAAUGACUUUGGCUCCGCGGUUCCAGACACAAACCCAGGCAACGCUUUUGAGAACUUGAGCGAUGAGCAGUUUGCAAGGAUGUUGCAAGCGUCCAUCGAAAGAGGUCCAAGCCCUACUCAAGGUACCGACCAGGAUUGGUCGGACAUGACGACUGUGAAUUCUGUCAACGAGUCAACUGCCAAUGUUGAGACCAGUCAAGCCUGCGCUCCUGGUGCCGCUGCUACAGACAUCGCCAACACCCCAGCGAAAAAUGUUUCUGCCGCACCAUCCACAUCACCUGCUGCGGUCAUUGCCAGCACCCCGACGAGGAAUGUCUCUGCCGGACCGUCUGCCUCACCUGCUACGCCUGGCUCUGCUUCGCGCUCGCUGCUUGAGAAAAUGUCCAACUCUCCAAUUGAGAUACCAAGGACAUCACAAUUUGCCGGCUACCAUCCUGCAAGCCCUGCUCGUAAAAAGAAAUCACCUAGUGCGAAGAAACGCACUGGUGACCCUGGUCCAGCAAGCGCAAAGACAUUCUCUCCGUCUCCACCUGUUGGCCAGAAUACACCUGGAAAACAGAAACUUGGGAGUCCCUUCAAAAUGCCUGGUCUUCCGGCUUCCUCACCAGCAAGACAAGUUCCAAGCGACUAUGUCCCGAUGGAUUGUCUAUAUCCGCCAAGACCAGCGGCUAAGCGAUCCCUUUCAAUGGACAACACAUCUCCUGGCAUGACUGCCCUUCCAGGCUAUACGUCUGCCCUAAACAGCCAGAUGCAGGACAUGCGCUAUCAGAGAAACCGCACUGUGUCUUCGAAUCACAAGUCACCACCAAAUGCGCCAGGUUUCGCGAAUGGAAUGUUUAGCAAUGGUGGAAGCGGGAGUUUCUUCGGGGCCGAUCUGCCGUCUGGAGAGCCAUCACCUGCAAAGCGUGCCCGCAAAGACGCCUUCGGUGCGCAAGCCGUUCUUGCAAAUGCUGCGUGGGAGGAGCAGAUGCGUCAUCAGACCUACUUCCAACAGGCUUCGCAAGCGGCCGAAUCAGUGGGUAUGUCUUUGGCCCAUCAUUUCAGCGAUCAUGUGGUACAGGACUUCAAAUGGCUUGAACGUGAUCGUACCGACCCGGAGCCACCACCAUCAACCAUGGCCCGCAACACUGGGUAUGAAUUCCCUAUUCCUUUGCCGACUGGUACGAUGGGUUCGAUCGAGGAAGAGGAAGAGGACGAUGAUGUUGUUAUCGUUGGGCAGAAGCGCAAGGCAGGGAACAUAAGUGAGGGUGGAAAUGAAACCAACAACAUCCAGGAUCCUUGUGCGCUGGCAGGCCUCGACAUCGGACAGAAUGGACUGCAAUACCUUGGUAUGUUUGUUCCGUACAACCAGGCCCAAUACCUGUCGCAAGGUCCACAAACCCAACUUCAGUCUCCUCAGAAGGCUCAGCAGACCUGUGGUAAAUUUCAAGGUCAAUAUCAGCCAGAGCUUCAAUCUCCCAGGAAGGUUCAGCGGACUGGUGGUCAAUUUGAAGGGCAACAUCGGCCACAGCUUCCAUCCCCUCGGAAGGUUCAGCAGGCUCGUGGUCAAACCCAAGGUCGAGAUCAGCCACAGCAUCAGAUGCACGGACGUGCUCAGGCCCAAGGACAGUUCCACUCCCCCCAAGGGUCAUCGAACUCUCGUGCAUCGAACUGGCAACAAAUGCAGCAGCCGCUACAAGGCCGACGAGAAAUCCCGCAUUGCCCAGUCAACGAACAAGCACAGGGAUUGGGGUCCAGCCUGAGCGUUGCCGGGGCUAAAGCACCAGGGACUCCAACUCCUACAUCUCGGCACCACUCAACCCUUUCGAGAGCAGGAGCAGGCCAGAAGGCUGUUUCCGGCUCUCCUUACUCUGGCACUCCGCGCAGAAAUGUUCAGACACCCAAUGGCCAGUCCUUGCAGACGCCCAUUGGCCGAUCUUUCCAGACUCCCAACAACAAGCCGAUGCAGAACCGAAACCAGUCUUUCUCGCAAACCCCAAACCAGACGCCGCCAAACGAGACACCGGCGGUGCUGCGACAAUUGCAUCUGCCAACGCCAGAACAACCCAUCUCUAGCGGCUCUUGUCCGAAUACCAUGACCGAGACUCUUGAGGAAACCAACCGUCGCACAGCGAACCAGCUUCAAUCUCUUGGUGCAGAGGUGGUGGAUUAUGAUCCAAACAUGAAUUGGGAUGACAACACGGCAGAUGGUUCAUUCGGGGCUCUCUUUGGCGAUAUUGGCCUGCUCACCCCUGGUGCGGGCGAGGGGACGUUCAGUCAGAUGAUGGGUCUAGACAUGCUCAUGCCUGCGACAAUUGACAAGUACAUGCCUCAAGGCGGGAAAGAGGAUGUCGCUGGCGCUGGACUGGGGAUCUGGAGCACAGCAGUCAGCACCAGCAACCACACAACCCAAACAGACGGAUUUGACACUUCAUACCUGGCCGCCAAUAACCACAACAAUUACACCGCGACAGAUGCACUUGUACCAGAAAAUGCUGCAUCAAGCGUUGUCGCUAUGGCUUCUGAUGCAUCCUUUGAGACAGGAGCAGCUAUGUCCACCACCGCUGCAAGUGCUAAUCAGGACUUUUUGUGUGACUGGACAAACGGAUUUGCAGAGGACAAGAGCUUCGAUCCAAUUGAUUUCGGCUUCUAA